AAUGGAACUGUGAGAGAAGUAACCUGCACCAAUUUUGCGAACGACGCAGUAACCUUGGUUGAGAACACUGAAGUGGACCGUGAUAUACUCAGCAUAGAAGUAGUCCCUAUGCUUAAAUCUAGAUAUGAGCAUAUUGAGCCAAUAAUAUUUUAUGAAAAUGAGGAUCCUGAAUGGGUAGGGAACCUGAACUUUGUGUUGGAUGACAAUAAACUGCUAACAGGGUCAAAUGAUGCAAGAGCUGAAGUUUUGAAGCUAGCUACAGAAUCCCGUUUUGGAAUAGUGUAGUUCUCUGAAGUUGUUCUCUCGACAGAGAUGAUCUUAGAGAACUACAUGACAUGCAUGCUCAACAUUCCCUUGGGAGAGGCUGACAAAGAUGCAGUUAGCUUUAGCUUGAAACCAGCUGGAUCCAGGGAGGCUAAAGACGACGCACUGUCUCCUGCUGUACAGGUAAUGCUGUUAAUGUUCAACCUGAUUGUUUGGAAGGAAGCAAUGGUAACUG